UGAAAAUUGAAAAGAUAAAUCAACAAAGCAGAAAUUAUGAGAAUACCCCAUCUUUAACAGGUUGCUAUUUUUGUUAUGCAAAUAGUUCUUAGCUAUAGUAUUGCUGCAACAUCAGGAGCCGGUGUCAAAUUGUUCGUCCAACGUUGGUUUAGCAAUAUUUGUUAGACAUUUUAUGUUGCCUUCGUCGCGAUGGCUGCAAAAAAAAUCAUUGCAAUAUGUCAAUCUGGUGGAGAAUUUGUGACCAAUAAUGAAGACGGUUCUUUGAGCUACACGGGAGGGAAUGCACAUGCUGUAGACAUCGAUGAGAAUACGAAUGUGCAUGCCUUUAAGCAAGAACUAACAGACACAUUUAAGUUUAACGUUGAUGGAAUGACUAUCAAGUAUUUUCUUCCGGGGAAUAAAAAGACACUCAUCACAGUAUCCAAAGAUAAGGACCUACAACGCAUGGUUAACUUCUUCAAGGAUUCCGAGCAAGUAGAAGUCUUUGUAGUUGCAGAAGGAGUUGGUGCACCCAAUGUUUCCAAUAUGCCUGCUAGCAGCAGGACAACUAUGUCAGAGGCAGCACUUUCUCCUUCUACCCCUGUGGAUUUGACAAACCCUCACAGUCAGCUUGUGGUUGAUGCACCAGUGGAUACAAUACCAUUAGAUAUUCUUCCGAGUAGCAAUGACGACAAGCACCGUAGGGCAGCUACACAGUGGGAAAACACUAUUACUGGUGUGGACCAAAGAUUCAGUAGUUUUACUGAACUUCGUGAAGCCUUACAUAAGUACUCAAUUGCCCAUGGAUUUACAUAUAAAUAUAAGAAGAAUGAUAGUCACAGAGUAACGGUUAAAUGCAAGUCUGAGGGUUGUCCUUGGCGUAUAUAUGCAUCAAGGUUGGUUACCACCCAGCUGAUAUGUAUUAAGAAAAUGAAUAAAAACCAUACAUGUGAAGGAGCUGCUGUGAAAGCCGGAUAUCGAGCAACAAGGGGAUGGGUGGGAAAUAUAAUUAAGGAGAAGUUGAAAUUUUCUCCCAAUUACAAGCCAAAGGAUAUCGCCACUGACAUUAAACGUGAAUAUGGCAUUCAUUUGAACUAUUCUCAGGCAUGGCGUGCAAAAGAGAUUGCAAGAGAGCAACUUCAGGGUUCUUAUAAAGAAGCAUACAGUCAGUUACCGUCAUUCUGUGAGAAAAUCAUGGAAACUAAUCCUGGUAGUCUUGCUACAUUUGCCACAAAGGAGGACUCGAGUUUUCACCGGCUAUUUGUCUCCUUUCAUGCUUCAAUAUAUGGCUUUCAACAGGGCUGCCGCCCUCUUCUUUUCCUUGAUAGCACUGUUCUCUAUGCAAAAUAUCAAGGAACCCUGUUGGCUGCCGUGGGUGUUGAUGGGAAUGAUGGUGUCUUUCCAGUAGCUUUUGCAGUUGUAGAUGAGGAGACAGAUGACAACUGGCAUUGGUUUCUUUCUGAACUUAAAUCUGCUGUCUCAACCUCUCGACCAAUAACAUUUGUUUCUGCUUUCCAGAAUGGUAUAAAUGAGUCAUUGUCUGAUAUAUUCAGCAAAGAUUGCUAUCAUGGUUAUUGUCUUCGGUACCUUGGUGAGAAAUUAUAUAAGGAUCUGCAUGGGAGGUUUUCACAUGAAGCAAGGCGUCUUUUGAUCCAAGAUUUAUAUGCUGCUGCUUAUGCUCCAAAAGUGGAGGAUUUUGAGCGCUGUGUUGAGAACAUAAAGGCCAUCUCACCUGAUGCUUACAGUUGGGUCAUACGAAGUGAUCCUGAUCAUUGGGCAAAUGCCCUUUUUGGUGGGGCAAGGUAUGACCACAUGACUACUAACUUUGGACAACUUUUUCGUGAUUGGGUAUCCGAUGUGAGUGAGUUUCCAAUUACUCAGAUGGUUGAUGCCUUGCGAGGGAGGAUGAUGGAACUGAAUUAUACAAGGCGUGUUGAUUCUAGUCAGUGGCUUACAAGAUUGACACCUUCUAUGGAAGAAAAGCUUCAAGAUGAGACGUCAAAGGCAAUAUCACUUCAGGUAUUACACUCACAUGGGAUCACAUUUGAGGUCCGUGGUGAAGCUGUUGAUAUAGUUGAUAUUGAUAAUUGGGACUGCACCUGCAAAGCAUGGCAGCUUAAUGGGUUGCCUUGCUGCCAUGCUAUUGCUGUUCUCGAACGUCUGGGAAGGAGCCCAUAUGAUUAUUGCUCCAGAUACUUCACAACUGAGAGCUAUCAUUUGACAUACUCAGAAUCAAUCAACCCAAUACCCCUUCUGGAAAAACCCGUGAUAGCUGAAGUAGACAUGGAAAUCAUGGUCAGCCCUCCUCCAACCAAACGUCCACCUGGCCGACCAAAGAUGAAACAACCGGAUACAGUUGAUAUACUUAAACGUCAACUUCAGUGUAGCAAGUGCAAGGGCCUGGGCCACAAUAAGAAGACAUGCGAGAAGGUAAAUAAAAUUGAUGGAUCUGAUCCACUACUUCUUACUGGCGCGGUGGUAGCUGAAGAACCUGAAGUCACUGCAUGAUAUUUGGUAUCUUCUCCUCCUAUGUAUAUAAGAAAGUCUUUCGUCAAGUCUAGAUACUAAUCUUAGAUGCCUUUUGGGACAGAAGUGGAUGGGGGUAUAUCUUUUAGGUAGACUUUUAUAUACUAAAUGGAAUAGAGUGAAAUGUGCAGUUUGUAAUUCAGAAUAUGCAACUAGAAUGAUGGUGGUAGUUAUAAGAGCAAGAUCAAAGGAUAUUUUCAAGUGUCCGACCAUAGCUUUCUUGAGUAUCUGUCUUGCAGGAUAGACAACAGAUUGCCAUAAACAAAUCGAAAGUGUUUGUUUGGAUGGGCAUAAUAUGAUUCUCUAAGGGCAUUGUGAUAUUGAAAAGUGAUUGAAUGAUUCAAAGAGUUUGCUCCCAUUCUAUCAGCAGUAGAAAUAUACUUCAAGAAUGUAUAGGGAUUCAAGUAUGUCUGCAUAUUUUCAUGUGUUAGUACCUUGCUUUGAAUGUUGUCAAUGUUAUUAUUGUGAGAUUAUUAUAAUAUGAUAGGUAGAAUAGAAACAGGGAUAAUGUAUUUCUGGCUAAGCCUAUUUGCUUCAAAAAUUAAUGGAAUUGUACCUUCUAAUUU